AUGCUUAGGACAGAAUCAGAUGCCUGCCCCAGCCUAUACACAGCUCCUCCAGAGGUCCGAGGUCUGGCUUGUUUGUAUAAAGAAGCCUUUGCCCAGACAGUUGUUGUCCCAGCACUGUGUGUGACAAAAUAAGUCCCGAAUAAAUUGGUAAAGAGCCCGAAAGAAAUAGCCCUCCAGCGCCCAGGCAUGAAAGCGUCUUUGGCGGUGGAAGGCAGCGAUAACGACAGGCUCUUGCUGCUGGACCCUGCCAGUGUCUACUCACCAAACUCAUUCAGCAACGUAGAGGCCGAGGUGUUGCGGUCAUUUGGAGUACACCAAGAGCUACAGCAGCUACGGCUGACCUAUGAUGACCUGAAGAGUGAGGAGGUUCUGUGCACUCUGCUUCCAGAGGGACAGGAUUUCACAGGGUUUAGUCGAGUGGGUCACAUGGCACAUAUGAACCUGCGGGAGCACCAGCUUCCCUACAGAAACCUCAUAGGCCAAGGCAUAAUGGAUAAGAACCCUUGGGUGACCUAUGUGGUCAAUAAGACCAACACCAUCGACUCCACCUACCGCUUCUUCAAGAUGGUGAUGGUUAGAGAGGAAAAUAUGGUGGCCAAAAACUUACUCGGAAACACGUGUGCUAUCUUCCUGUUGCCAACCUCUGUCUGCCUGCCCUGCUGAAGGGGACAGCCAGUAUACAUGUGAUGUGAAACUGCCGCAAGUGCACUGCUAUGUGUUCUCUAAAGAGUACGACCCUCAGAGAAACAUGGUGGAAAGGGCCUCAGCCAGCCUGGGGUUUUCCCUAGAGGGGCGGUGCUCUGUGCAUCUGGUGAGGAAUGUGGCCCCCAAUAAGGAGAUGAUGUCUGUGACCUUCACUAUCCCCAAAGAGGUGCUCUUCAGCAGUAAGAAUACACACAGAAACCAUAGAAGAACCAGCGCCAAAGAGACAGAAGUCUGGGGAGACUAAAGAUUGAAUAUAUUUGACCAAGGAAGUCAUUCUGAGACAUUAAAAUUAUACAUUUCGUUUUUGAUCUGUGAAUGGUGUUCACAUUUUAAAUUUAAAGUGUCAAUGAGGCGGUCAUGAUCUAAAUA